GAUUUAAGAGGCUUACUUACAAGGAUCGAGUCACAGACGCUGCCAGCCAAGUGAACAGCUUUUCCGGAAGGCUGGGCGGGGCUGGGAGCAGAACAAGAGAGAAGGACCCCAGCGUGACUGACGUGGGCGGGGAAAUGACAUCACCAAAGUCCCCGCCCACAUCUCACGCCCACUCCUCUCUCAUUGGCUGCAGCGUGUCUAUGGGAAAGAAGUUAGGGCCGGCGGCCCGAGCUGAAGAUAGAGACAUGCUUCUGGCAGGAAGCCCUGUGGAUGGGAGGGGCUGCAGUGUUUCAGCAGGGAUUUAACAGCCUUCUUGAAGAAAGUCAACGAAAGGCUCUGUUGUCCUGGACUACGUGUUCCGUCACCUAAAUCUCGUGGAGAUAGAUUACUUUGGGCUACGUUACUGUGACAGAAAUCAUCAGACGUAUUGGCUGGAUCCUAUGAAGACAAUUUCAGAGCACAGAGACUUGAUCAGUACUGGACCUCCCUACACUCUGUAUUUUGGUGUUAAAUUUUAUGCUGAAGAUCCUUGUAAACUGAAGGAAGAAAUAACAAGGUAUCAGUUUUUUCUACAAGUGAAACAGGAUGUUCUUCAAGGACGCUUGCCAUGUCCAUUUAACAUCGCUGCUCAGUUAGGAGCAUAUGCUAUCCAGUCGGAACUUGGGGACUAUGAUCCAUUUAAGCACGUCACUGGUUAUGUGUCAGAAUACCGCUUUGUGCCUGAUCAGAAGGAGGACCUGGAAGAGGCCAUUGAGAAGAUACACAAAACCUUAAUGGGACAGGUGCCUGCUGUAGCUGAAUCCAAUUAUUUAGGAGUUGCCAAAUCCCUUGAAAUGUAUGGAGUGGAUCUUCAUCCUGUUUAUGGGGAAAACAACUCUGAAUACUUUUUAGGCCUGACUCCUGUAGGACUGUUUGUGUACAAGAAUAAGAAGCAAGUGGGAAAAUAUUACUGGCCUAGAAUUACAAAGUUACAUUUCAAAGAGACACAGUUUGAAGUACGAGUCCUCGGAAAAGAUUGCACUGAAACAUCAUUCUUUUUUGAAACGAGGAACAAAGUUUCCUGCAAAAGUCUGUGGAAGUGCUGUGUGGAACAUCACACUUUUUUCAGGAUUCCAGAGAAUGAUUCUAGUACACUGUCAAGGAAACUGAGCAAGCUUGGUUCUCUGGGGUCCAGGCAUCGCUACAGUGGCAGGACUGCUUAUCAAAUGAGCAGAGAUCUCUCUAUUCAACUGCCACGGCCUGACCAAAGAGUGGAGAGGAGUCGGAGUAAAACUUACCCCAAAAGGGCAGCACUCACGCAGCAGCCAGGAUCAAACAAUAUAGAACAGCCAACUACAAAUAUGGAACAGGGCGACAAGGAAGGAACCACAAAAUUUAUUGCACCAUCUCCUGUUAAAAGCUCCAAGAAAGCAAAACGUGAUACAAGCCCAGACACUCAAAAAAGCAAAAUAAGUGCGCCAUGGGAAGAAAAUGGCACUCCCAGUGGAUUGUAUAAUUCUCCUAAUGACCGCAACAAAUCACCAAAGUUCCCAACUCCCCGGCAUCGUAAUCAGUCUGGCAGUGAUAAUGAAACAGGGCAGCCAGUGAGGAGGAAAGGACAGUGCAGUGGUGAUGAAGCUGAUCUAAAGCACAGAAGAAGAUCACGGUCUCGUUGCAAUACAAGUAGUGGCAGUGAAUCUGAAAACUGCAACAGAGAACAUAGGAAGAAGAGAAACAGGUUACGGCAGGAAAACGAUAUGGUCGAUUCAGCCCCACAAUGGGAAGCAGUGUUAAGAAGACAAAAGGAGAAGAACCAGGCUGACCCGAACUACAGGAGAUCCAGACAUCGAUCUCGAUCGAGGAGCCCAGAUGUACAAGCAAAGGAAGAGUUAUGGAAGCACAUUCAGAAGGAACUGGUUGAUCCCUCGGGUUUGUCUGAAGAACAAUUAAAGGAAAUUCCAUACAUGAAAAUAGAAACGCAGGGUGACCCUAUCCGUAUUCGCCACUCCCAUUCUCCCCGCAGCUUUCGCCAGUAUAGACGAUCUCAGUGUUCUGAUGGGGAGAGAUCAGUACUGUCAGAAGUCAAUUCAAAAAAUGACCUUGUGCCUCCUCUGACUGUGACACGUGCCUCAGACACUCAUGGUUCUGUGCAGCAGAAAAGAGCUGGGUCCAAGGAGAGCAUCAUUGAGUCCAGUGUUUCUCCUCUCAGUAGAGAUACAAAGCACAGUGUGAAAACCAUGAAGACCACACAGGCCUCACGUCUUAAAACAGAAACUUGAAUGCGGGACAUAAUGACUGUCCAUCUCUACAACUAUGAACAUAUGGAACAUUUGGACAAGCAACUCAAACUGGGUUGGAGACUGCUUUAAACAUUAAAUUAUUGCUGCCAGAAUGGAUUGCAUCUCACUCAUACAAACAAGAAAGUUGUUACAGGACUAAAGGGGACACACCAUUAUCAGCACACUGGUCCAGUGGUUGGCCAUUGCAGCACUGUGGUCCCGAGUUCAAUUUCAACCAGGGCCAUACCUGCAAGGAAUCUGUUCUCCCUGGUUUCUCUUUGGUUCAACAAUGGGAAAAACAUGCUGCUGUGUCAUCCAAUGGAUAUCUUUAGUGUACAUGCACAGACAGAUGCGCUCUCUCUCGCCACAUGGACUUUAUAUUCAGUACCACAAGCCUGUUGUUCUUGGUCACUACUGUGUUUGAGAAAUAGAUGUUGGUAAAUGAUAAGAUGUUUCUCCGCUUUAAGUGCAAAAAGGCUGAACUGCCUUAAUUUUCACUCAUUACAAGCAAAACAUUCUCAGCAUUUCCACUUUCUGGGGUUGGGGGAUAUUUUAUCUUGCAGUAUUAAAAUUUGAAGUAUUUAAAAAUAAAAUACCAGCCAAAAUGUAA